AUGGCCAGUCUUCAGGUACCGAGUGUCACACUGGAAGACCUCCAGAAAUUCCAGGCCAGCCACUUCUUCGGCAUAACUACAUCUCCUGCCGGCCCUGCGCAAUCAGACCUAGUCGAAAAUGAAGAAGAGUCGUACCAUCAAGAUGACGACUUGGGCUACUACAAAGACGGUACAAAACGGACGUUGACAGAUGAACAAAUCGAAAUUUUUCGGCAUAGUGAAAUCCACGCCCUGUUGCGUGAAAGAGAACGGUUGAGAGAGGAGGAAGCGGAGGAGCAAAGUGAUGUUGAAGCCAGAGACAUUGAGUCUGGAAAGACGUCAAAGGUCGAUGGCGACAUUCGAAAAGCAGCGGACAUCAGUGCUUUGAAGAGAAAAUCUGUCGAGGGUAGCGAGGACUCCUCCGCGAAAAGAGCAAAGGAUGAAGAAGGUACGGCCCGCCCAAGUGAAUGCGACACAGCAGCAAGCACGCAGCAGCCACAACAAACUGCGUCUUCCCGCGACAUCAACUUUGGGCGAAAGAUUGUAUCAUAUGCGGACGACUGA